AUGCGUUCUUCCAUCGUUAUGCUUGCCGGUCUGGCAAGCACCGCUCUCGCUUACCCUACAGACGUGGCCCCCGAACGCCGGACUUUCGGGCCCGCCCUUGCACUUUUGGGAGAGGCUGUUCCCGAGGUUGUUAAUAUUAUCGAGAGCGUCCUCGGUGGUCAUUCCUCGGCCCAUGCCAGUAGCCAGUCCUCGGCCCACGCCAGUGUCAGCGUUCUCGCCGGUCUGAACGCCCACGCUGCUGCUGCCCUCGAGGGUGGUGCUUUCGGAUGCAAAUCCAGUGUCAUCCACGGCACUGCUCGCAAGCAGCUCAAGGCUUGGUUGUCCGUCAACGUCGACUUCGACCCCUCCCUCAAGACCUCUAUCAUCUCCUGGUGUGAUGGUGAGGUCGACGUCCUUUCGACCGAUGUCAUUGCCGCCCUGGGUGUCUUCAUUCCCACCUGCGCUGAAGUCGCCGCCAAGGAGGCUAUCUAUGUCACCAUCGACGGUAUCUUCGACGCUACCGAGCUCGCCUCCGACUUGGUCCUGAGUGUUUCCGCUCAGGUUUCCCUCUCCGCGUGGAUCGAGGCUGCGGUUGACCUCGCUGUUGAGGUCAAGGCCGGUCUCAGCGUCUGCGCUGGUGGCGGCCUCAUUUCCAGCGUGUCCGCUGACGUCAAGGUCGCCCUGCUCGCCUGGAUCACCGGCGGUAACUGCCCCCUCGAGGCCGGUCUCAAGGCUUCCGUUCUUGCUUGGAUUCGCGGCCACGCAGGUGGUGACCUCGUUGCUAUCGGGGAAAUCGGUGCCGAUGCCCUGAAGUCCAUCUCCAUUGGUGCCUCCGUCGGUGCUUUCGUUGGUGAGGCUGGUGCUCUCACCGUCCACGCCCAGGCCAUGCUUGCUGCUUUCCUCGAUAGCAAGAUCGCCGUCGACAUUGAGGCUGAUGUCCUUCUCGGCCUCACGUCUUGCGCCAAGGGCGAGCUCGCCGCGUCUGUCGAUAUUGAGAUUCGCAAAUCUCUCUCCGUCUGGCUCUCCGGCUCCAACUGCUCUCUCGGUGUUGAGCUCAAGGCUGUUGUCCUCCUCUGGCUGUCCCUGGGUGCCUCCGUUGAUGUCUCCGUCGACCUGGUCUCUGGCCUCGGUAUUGACAUUCGUGACUUCCUGUCCGUGAGUAUCACUGAUAUCCUCUCCGUGAACCUGCGGGCUGCUCUGUCUAUCCUCGCCGCUGGUGAGAGCCUGGAGCUGCUAUGCUUCGACGCCCGUGCCGAGCUUGCUGCCUUCCUCUCCGGCUGCACUUCUAUCGACAUUAGCAUCAACAUCGAGCUCAUCAUCUUCGAGUGGUUCACUGGCUGCAGCAUGCCCGGUGCCCCCGCUCCUUCCAGCUCCGUUCCCAGCUUGCCUUCUUCCACCGGUGCCAUGUCCAGCAUCCCCAUGACCUCCGGCCCUGCGCCUACUGGCUCUGCCUCCGUCUCUAUCCCCGCUGGCUCUACCCCCGGUGGCUCCAUCCCUACUGGCUCGGUUCCCGCUGGCUCUACCCCCGGUGGCUCCGUCCCUACUGGCUCGGUUCCCGCUGGCUCUACCCCCGGUGGCUCCGUCCCUACUGGCUCGGUUCCCGCUGGCUCUGUCCCCGGUGGCUCCAUUCCCACUGGCUCUGUUCCCGCUGCUGCCACCACCCCCUGUGACACCGAGACCAGCGUCUGGGUGACCUCCACCGUCAUCUCUGGCACUCCCUCUCCCAUCACCAUCACCGGCUCUGUCCCUGUCCCCACUGGCUCUGUUCCCGCUGCUGCCACCACCCCCUGUGACACCGAGACCAGCGUCUGGGUGACCUCCACCGUCAUCUCUGGCACUCCCUCUCCCAUCACCAUCACCGGCUCUGUCCCCGUCCCCACUGGCACCUCCCCCGCGGAGACCACCCCCUGUGAGACCGAGACCAGCACCUGGGUGACCUCCACUGUCAUUUCGGGCUACACCAGCGUUGUCACCGUCACCGGCGUGGUUCCCGCUCCUACUGGAUCUGCUCCCUCCGGCACCGUCCCUGCUGGCGGCUCAGUUCCCUCUGGCUCCUCGCCCGUCGAGUCCGAGACCCCCUGUGACACCGCGACCCCCACUGUUGUCCCCGGUGGCUCCGGCAGCACUGGCUCCGAGACCAGCUCCGUCGCCGUCCCCCCCGCUAUGACCAGCGCCCCUGCUGGCCCCGCCGGUGGCUCUGGCUCCGACGUCGAGACCGUUACUGUCACCGCAACUGCCACCGUCUGCGGCUGCGAGUAA